AUGGAGUGCGUAUUUGGACUAGUAGGUGACGGUUUCGUGAUCGUAGUAGCAGACACAUCUGCUGUUAACAGCAUCUUGGUCCAUAAAACCAACGAAGACAAGAUUAUGAAACUCGACUCUCACAAGCUCGUCGCUGCUAGCGGCGAGUCCGGUGACCGAGUUCAAUUCACGGAGUAUAUACAGAAGAACGUGGCUUUGUACCAGUUUCGUAAUGGGAUUCCUUUGACCACUGCAGCUGCUGCUAACUUUACUCGUGGAGAGCUCGCUACUGCUUUGAGAAAGAACCCUUACAUGGUAAACAUCCUGCUUGCUGGUUAUGACAAAGAGACAGGCCCCUCUCUAUACUACAUUGACUACAUUGCUACCCUUCACAAGGUUGACAAGGGAGCAUUUGGUUAUGGGUCUUAUUUUUGUCUCUCCAUGAUGGACAGACACUACCACAGUGGCAUGUCAGUGGAAAAAGCAGUCGAAUUGGUUGAUAAAUGUAUAAUGGAGAUUCGAUCCAGGCUGGUUGUGGCACCGCCAAACUUUGUGAUCAAGAUUGUUGACAGGGAUGGAGCAAGGGAGUAUGCCUGGCGUGAAUCUGUCAAGGACACCCCAGUAGCCCAGCCUGAGGCUUUGGAAGUUUAA